GAAAAAGAAAUUUCGGUAUCUCUUGCAGCAAAGUUCGUGUCACCCAGUCCCCGCCUUCGCUCGGUGCCUGAUCUCCGCCUUCUUUCUCCGUUUCUCUGCGAAUCGGAAGACCAGCGUCGGAAACAUACCCCGUUUGCUCCUUCAAUUUUGCGGGUGGGGUUGUUGUUUCUUUGAUCCCCUCCGCUCCCUCAUCCUCUCUCUGGAAGACGAAUCCCCUAGUUCGGUUAUUCUGGCAUUUACUUAGUCAGGGUUAGGGCUUCGAACUGCGAAACGCUGUUCUGGUCGUUCCACUCUGAAGAUGUAUGCUGAUCGGGUGGAGGCUGAGGUGAAAAGGUCUGUGAAGGAGCGUCUCAAUGGCAGCAUGGUAGGUGACUCGGGUCGGAGAAGGCCAGUUACUGGAAAGAGGCAGAGGCAAGAUUAUGACAAGUGGGAACAUGAUCUUUAUGAUGAUGAUGAACCUCAAGUUUCAGAUCGCAAGCUUGGUGCCCGAGACCUUCGUGUGAAGCUACAAAAGAAGGGCCUCCAACAAGCCCUUCAAAGUGGCAAGGGAUCUCUUCCAGGUGUGCAGGAUUUGCGUGAAAAGCUGUCUGGAACAAUGCAUUCACAGCCAGUAAACAAUGAUCCACCAAAACCAAAAUCAGUUGUGGAGUCUGUUAAAUCUGCUAGAAAGAGUGUUACAAUUGAAGCUUCUCUGCCAGAGACAAAAAAAGCUGCCAACCCUGCUAGAAAAAAGACUCAGCAAAAGACGGAUACAGUGGAUAGUUUCUUGCAAUCCCUUGGGCUUGAAAAAUAUUCUAUCACAUUUCAAGCAGAGGAAGUUGAUAUGACAGCUCUGGUGCACAUGAGCGAUGAGGACCUUAAAGCUUUAGGAGUACCAAUGGGUCCGAGAAAGAAAAUCCGUCUGGCGUUGGAUUCUAGGGCCUGACAUUUCAGUUGCUCUGAUUAGAUUCUACUGCCUGUUUGCAUUACCUGUUGAUCAGUUUCAAGUCUGUUUCAAUUGGUGGGUGGGUACCUCAACUGCAGCCUGUUUAGAUGUACUGCAGAAAGUUGCUUAAACUAGCUUAUUUGUUAGGACCAAACUAUUGGAAGACUGAUGGAUUGGGACAAAUGCUUUACAUUUUAAUUUAAUGAUUUUUUAAAUACUAAGAUCAAUAUCAAGAUUCAAGUUCUCCUUA